AUGAACGGUAAUAACAUAAGUAUGAGGGAAUCAAACGUAGGAGAGAAUGUCAAAGUAAAGAGAAACGGUUGCUGGGCCAGGUUUAUUAGUUUGUUUGAAGAGAGAGGAUUCGAUCUAGAGUUUGAAUACAACAGUAAUAAUACUAUUAAUGUAUUAAAAGAAAAUCAAAGUGAAAGUGAAGGCUAUAAAAAACUCGAAGAGAGUAGAAAUUCAAUUCGCAAAAAAUCAGAAGAAAUAGUGAAUAUAGAUGGGGAAUUAUCGGGAGUUAUAAAUUUUUAUGAGCAAUUUGCUUCACUGAACGAUGACUUGAAAGAGGAAGUUUUAGAAAGUAAGCGGAGAUCCACACUACGUCACAGGGUGUCUAUGAGACCUAGUUUACUAUUAACUAAUAUUGCAGAAGAAACAGCUGAUGCUGAAGAGGAACAGAACAGGUCGCCGCCACCGUCGCAAGUUCCGUCAGCCUUACUCUACGCCCCCGCAGAGCCAUUAGAGCUGCUAUGUGUGUUCCCGGAGCGAGGGUCACGCGUGUGUGCUGCAGCUUGCAGCGCUGCUGCCAGGUCAGGAGGCGAGUCACGAGCUGUUCGCUCUGCCAGAGAAGCCUUGGACGCAUUCAGACGAGACCAAGACGCAAAACAACCCCACGUUGUCGUGAUUGACGCUCGACAAAUACAACUCAUGGAUGCUACCUUAUUAGCACGAGCUAUACGUGGAAUGAAGAACACGCAGCACGUUAUCCUCAUCGCAGUGGUUAAAAAGAGUGCAUAUCUGAAAGAUGACUUCGCCGUACUACCUUAUCUUGAAGCUGGCUUCAACAGGAUUAUGGUGGAGACUCUAGGCGCUUCAGCGUGGUGUGCGGAAAUGCUUCAAGCGAGGGCAGCAUCAGCAACAGCUCGUGCUCAAAUCGGCGCUGUGGCAGCACUAGCAGCGGCUGCUGACCGAUGCAGAGAUCUGGUGGCUGUUACAGAUGAUCAGCAACGAAUACUUCUAACAAACAAGUCAUGGUGCCGCGUCGUUGGUUCGCGGCUCGAAGAAGGUCCGCGACCUUUGACCGAAGCAAUAAGCGGAGAAGCGCUUCGAUUGGCAGCAAGCGGUGUCAGAGAGUGGGAAGCACCCAUCAUGCUUCGACGCAGAGCAACCCCUGAUUCCGUAUUACUUCCGUGUCGAGGUUCUUCAGUGGCAUUAAACAGGAGUACAUCCCACGUGGUGUUAGUAUGUGAGGCGGCGAGUGUGAUGGAGGGUGAGCGUGCUCGAGGUUCGCUUCACUCCAUCCGCCGAGGUUCUUUGGAUGUGAGAUCAGUAGCUUCUGAUGGACUACGACGGACCUCUCUCGCUAAACUACAGGGCUUACCGCUCGAGGCGCCUAUUACUAAGGUGAUAUCUCUUCUAUCCACUGCCACGGAGGGUGCUCCGCCCUCGACCGUGGCUUGUAUUGAGCGUGCGGUCGACAUGCUGCGGACCUCCGAGCUAUACUCACCUCAAAUGAGAGAAGACCCCAAGAUGAGAACAGAAGACCCCAUAGCCACAGAUCUCAUUGGGGCUUUACUAUCGCGGGAACAACUCAACACAAACCUUGCUUACAUGCAAGGUACAACAAACGUGUUGUCUUCACGACGAAGCAGCAAUGACUCCACCGUGGUCAGGUCUCAAGCGAAUAGAACGAACAUGAAACAUAAGACAACAGGUCAGCUCCGCGAGGUUCUAGACACAGCGUUGAGUUGGGACUUCGAGAUCUUUCGUUUGGAGGACCUCACCCGCGGCCGGCCGCUCACUCACUUAGGACUCACACUUAUGGGAGGACGCUUUGAUGUGUGUUCAGCCCUCGAGUGUGAUGAAAGAACCUUACUACACUGGCUCACUAUCAUUGAAACUAACUACCACGCUGUCAACACAUACCACAACUCGACGCACGCCGCUGAUGUCUUACAGGCGGUCGCGUUCUUCCUGGAGAAGGACCGUCUGAAGUCUGUACUGGAACCGCUAGAGGCGGCCGCUGCUCUCAUAUCCGCUGCCGCUCAUGACAUAGACCACCCCGGGACCUCGUCCGCCUUCCUCUGUAACUCGCGCCACUCCCUCGCCAUACUAUAUAACGAUGUCUGUGUGUUGGAAUCCCAUCACGCUGCGCUCACCUUCAAACUCACUCUCAACGACGACCGUGUCAACAUCUUCAAGAAUUUGGACCGCGACACGUACAAGAACGUGCGACACAACGUCAUCGACAUGAUCCUAGCUACCGAGAUGACCAAACACUUCGAGCACCUCGCAAAGUUCGUGAACGUGUUCUACGCGAGGAGCAGCGGCAGCAAGGAGGACGGCAUGCAGACUGAUGAACCACUAUCUUUGGACACAACAGCUUUGACUUCGCCAGAAAACGUCGUCCUUAUAAAGAGAAUGAUGAUCAAAUGUGCUGACGUGUCAAACGCGUCUAGACCACAGAAAUUCGCUUUCGAAUGGGCCAGGAGAAUCGCUGAAGAAUAUUUCCUUCAAACGGACGAAGAGAAGGCUAAAGACUUGCCAGUAGUGAUGCCGAUGUUCGACCGAGCGACCUGCUCCAUACCUCGCUCACAGAUAGGCUUCAUAGACUACAUCAUCAUAGACAUGAUGGAGGCUUGGGCCGCUUUCAUCGAUAUGCCGGAGUUAGUGACACACGCGAGGAACAAUCACGCUCGUUGGCGGGAACUUGACGAAGCGGGAGUCACUACUAUAGCGGAUGUACGGCGAGCACAGAGACAAGCCAUCACUAACACUAACACUACCGAGGAAUGA